UAUAUUAGUCGUCAUGUAUAGCACGUACCUUAGGGUCUAUUUCUUUGUGUUGCAAGUAUUUUCACUUUUCUUACCCUUCGACUUCGUCAGGGUAGAAGCUUUUUAUAAGGCAAACGUCUUUCGGAAAUGUUAUGCCUUAAUCCUGACAGCUAUUAUACUCUUAGGCUGUGCAUAUAGCGAGUGGUUUAACGCGAUGACUAUUUACAAGACAUCUAGACCCUCAAAUGUAAUCUUGACUGUUCUGGAGAAUACCUUCCUCACAGCUAUUUGCGUUAUAUCGGUGUUGAGUUCGGAGUUUCUUCACAAAGAAAAUUGGGGACAAUAUUUGAAAAUACAGAAUAUAUUGAAGUGUAAAUUGCAUAUCAGGAAGAUGAAAAGGAAAAGUUCACACGUUGUACUGGAAUUGUUUCUGGGGCAUGUUCUUUUACUUCUUAUAAUAGGCGUAAAUCAGUAUGGGGAAGCUGUGUACGAUGAUACGAAGAUUUCACUUCCACCACGGAUCAUGCACGCUUUUGUGAAAAACGUAUUCUAUUACUACAUAUUCUUGAUCACGAGCAUUAUAUACAACACAAUACUGCUACUUAGAAACGAUUUUGUUUCACUGAAAGUAUUUUUGAUGGAAGCAUUCGGUACUUCGAAAUAUCCAUAUUUCAAUUUCUUGGGAGUAGACAGGCCAGCUCCACUGUUUGUUGUUGGACCUAAGGCAUCACAUUGCUUAGUGGAGGCAACAAAAGUACUGAACAUCCUGUUCGAGUGCGUGGAUAUAUGUAACAAAGUAUUCGGAGUUGUUAUAUUACUGAUGAGUUUUUCCACAGUCAUAACUAUUCUGUCUUCUAUCAAUACUACUCUGAUCAUGAUGCAGGAAAAGACUCUUACUGUAGAAAUAUUCUCCAAUAACGUGUGUGAAUUUUUUAUAUUCUUGAUAUGGAUGUCAUUCAUCAUCUCGUCAUGUGAUCUGUUGAAAGAGGAAAUAGAUUCCGUAACGAAGUUGUGUUGCAAACUGCAACAUUUACUACCACAUACGCAGGUUUGCAAGGAACGAAUAGAACUUCUCAAUAUGGCUCACCGGAUUUCUUAUGGAUCACUGACUAUUUCAGCUGCUGGGUUUUACGACGUGGAUUUGUCGUUGAUCAUUUCCGUUUUCACAAAUGUUGGCACCUACGCUAUUGCACUAAUACAGUUUAGUAUGCUGCAUUUUUAA